AUGCUGAAUGCCGUGGAGGGAGAUGUCAAGGAAGGUCCUCCCUCGGAAGCUGGACCAACAGGUCGGCCCUCGAGCACACCGGAGCCCUCCCGGAAGACGCCUUCGCCAAGUCUUCCGGACAAAAGUGGCUUUCAGGCCUUGUCCACGGUGACAGCACCGCCGAAGUUCAGCUUUGCAUCGAAGAUGCCACAAGGCAAGGAGAAGUUCAAGAUGCCUGGCCCUGGGAGUUACAUGCACGACCGGGACUUCAGCUCCAAACAUCAAACUCAGCCGAGCUUUGGCUUUGGCACCGGCACCCGGAAGACCCGCGUGGUCAACCAGGCUCCAGGCCCAGGCACCUAUGAAGAGCCAGGCACUUUAGGAGACGCCAAGAUCUCUUGCACUCCCAGGAGGGAAGCGCCUCAAGCCCGAGGCAAAGCUCCGGGGUAUGAGGUCACCGUCUUCAAGGCCCGGUCCGGCUUCAGCUUUGGUACAGCCCGGCAAAGGGCCCGGCUACCGGCAGAGUUCGAGGCGGUCACGCCGGGGCACGAGAUCGCCGACGGUCAGGGCUGGUGGGUGAAUGCUGAGCCCACGAAGCGCUUGAGCUCUUUCUGCAGCUGGCGCGGGGUGUGGGCACAUGUCCUGCUGAGCUUUGGCAGCCAAGUCCUGUUGAACAUUUGUUCCUCUGGUGUCCAUGUGGCAGUGCUAGGUCCUGAAGGCCCUGAAAUCGAAGUGAAGAGCUUCAAUGCGUCAGACGUUGAAGAAGCAAAGGCUUGGGCAUCUGCUCUGCCAGAAGGCCGACAUUGUGUGUUGGCUGCUGCUGGCGAAGAUCUGCUCACACUGGGUGUGCUCAGCGAGGAGGCACGGACGAGACGGGAUGUUUCAAAAUCCCUAUGCCGACAAUGCCGAUGCCGAUGCCGAUGCCAAGCGGAGACGUGUUGGUGA